UUUUAGAUUCGCUUUUAGGGUAGUCAGUAUGGAGGGACACAAGGUUGAGUUAAUCUCAGGCGGACUGUCUCCUGUCCUUUCUGCACCCAUGCCCGAAUCUUACUGAUUUACCCAAAGCCAUUCUUCCACUUCGACUUCAGUUGUAAAUAGAAAAUGGCCAUUCUGAAAAUCAAGUUCAACUUACAGAAACGAGUCAAGUUGGCUCAGGGGCUGUGGCUCCUGAACUGGUUCUGUGUAUUGGCAGGAAUUGUUAUCUUUGGAAUGGGUUUGUUCCUGAAGAUCGAGCUCAGGAAACGAAGCGAGGUGAUGGACAAUGAGGAGAGCCAUCUGGUACCCAAUUCCCUGAUCCUGGUGGGCAUCCUAGCCUGCGCCAUCAACUGCUUUGGGGGCAAGUUCUGCUACGAUUCCCUCGAUCCGGCCAAGUACGCCCGGUGGAAAUCUCUCCUCAAGUUCUACCUGGCCGCCUGUUUGUUUUUCACUUUCCUGACCUUCCUCACUGUGCUGUUGUGUUUUCUAAUGAAGUUUUAUCUGGAGGAUACUCUGGCCAAGGGGCUGAAGAACGGUAUGAAAUAUUACCGAGACACCGACACGCCAGGUCGUUGCUUCAUGAAGAAAACCAUCGAUCAGCUUCAGAUCGAAUUUCGCUGCUGUGGAAACAAUGGAUUCCGAGAUUGGUUUGAAAUCCAGUGGAUCAGCAACAGAUACCUGGACUUCAGCUCCAAGGAGGUGAAGGACCGUGUUAAGAGCAAUGUUGAUGGAAAAUACCUGACGGACGGGGUCCCAUUCAGCUGCUGCAAUCCGGGCUCCCCUCGACCCUGUAUCCAGCAGCAGAUCACCAACAAUUCAGCCCAUUACAGCUACGAAUUCCUGACCGAAGAGCUGAACCUCUGGACUCGAGGUUGCAAGCAAGCCCUCCUCAACUAUUACACUAACAUGAUGCAGUCUAUGGGAGCACUGGUCUUAUUCGUUUGGACACUAGAGUUGGCUGUGAUGGUUGGAGUCCAAUAUUUGCACACAUCCCUGGAUAGCAUUGCAAAUCCUGAAGACCCCGAGUGCGAGAGUGAGGGUUGGUUAAUGGAGAAAGGCCUGAAGGAAACAAUUAAAUCUCUGCUGGAAAGCAUUAAAGAGUUAGGUAAGUUCAAUCAGGUAGCAACAGCUGAAGAGGGGAAAAAUGAAGAGGCCACAACUGUCACCACAGUCAGCUGAAGAGACUGAAAAAAACCACUGGGGUGGUGGGAAAAGAAAAUUUGGACUCAGAAGGAAAUGAAAAUUAAAUACAAUACAAAGUACAAUACAAAACCAGAUAAAUAAUUCCCUUUACUGUAUAAUAUGUAAUGCAUGUACCCUAAAAAGGAUUUUAUUCUCCUGUAUUUUAUAUUUGUAACCCAUCAGAUUAAGUAAUCCAUCUACCAUCGAUCAUAUUAUGUAAUUCAUCUAUUUACACCUGGAUUGUCAACUUAAAUGAUGUUAAAGUAAUUUUGACAAUAAUGCACGAUUCAAUCAGCAGGAAUCUUCUUCCAUGCUUUGUACCACAUAAAGUGGUAAAUAUAACAAAUGUAUUGUGUCUGAAUCUGGAAAUAGGGAUUGUGUGACAACAGUACUUAUGUAAACCACUCCUGCCAUCUUUAAUGUAGCUCAAAUGCUAUGUGAAGUUAUAUAGUAUAUAUGCUGUUACAACAUAGGGUUCAAUAUUAAAAGCAUCUUCCAAGAAAAA